AUGCCUCGGACACGGCCGCUCCAGGGCUGCGCGGCGCCUCCCGGCAGCAUGGCCCGGAUUCGGUACCUCCGCGCGGCCGUCUCGGGAUUUUAUCUGUGGGAAGCCGCCGUGCUGCUCAGCUUGGUAGCCACAAAGGAAACAGACAGUGCAAGAUCUCGUAGCAUGCCAAUGUCGCCAUCUGAUUUCCUGGAUAAGCUAAUGGGUAGAAUGUCAGGCUACGAUGCAAGGAUCAGACCAAAUUUCAAAGGCCCUCCAGUUAAUGUCACAUGCAACAUAUUUAUAAACAGCUUUGGAUCCAUUGCAGAGACAACCAUGGAUUACCGAGUGAACAUCUUUCUCCGUCAGAAUUGGAACGAUCCACGCCUCGCAUACAGUGAAUAUCCAGAUGAUUCUUUAGACUUAGAUCCAUCCAUGCUGGAUUCAAUUUGGAAACCUGAUUUGUUCUUUGCUAAUGAAAAAGGUGCCAACUUUCAUGAAGUUACAACAGAUAAUAAAUUGUUGCGAAUUUUCAAAAAUGGAAAUGUACUUUAUUCCAUCAGAUUGACUUUAAUACUGUCCUGCCCGAUGGAUCUCAAAAAUUUUCCAAUGGAUGUGCAAACAUGUAUAAUGCAGCUGGAAAGCUUUGGAUACACAAUGAAUGACCUAAUAUUUGAAUGGCAAGAAAAGGGAGCAGUUCAAGUAGCAGAAGGUCUCACUCUGCCACAGUUUCUGCUGAAAGAAGAAAAGGAUCUGUGUUACUGCACCAAGCAUUACAAUACAGGAAAGUUUACAUGUAUUGAAGUCCGAUUUCACCUUGAGAGGCAGAUGGGUUACUAUCUCAUCCAGAUGUACAUACCGAGCCUUUUGAUCGUCAUUCUCUCCUGGGUGUCAUUUUGGAUCAAUAUGGAUGCAGCUCCAGCCAGAGUGGCUUUAGGCAUAACAACUGUACUGACCAUGACAACACAAAGCUCAGGUUCACGAGCAUCUCUUCCAAAGGUGUCAUAUGUCAAAGCGAUUGACAUCUGGAUGGCUGUGUGUCUUCUCUUUGUAUUUUCUGCACUUUUGGAGUACGCAGCUGUAAACUUUGUGUCAAGGCAGCAUAAAGAACUUCUGCGAUUCCGCCGCAAAAGGAAGAAGAACAAGUAUUUUGAGGGAGUUCUUGAUGGAAAUGAAAUCAGUGAAUCAUUGCAGCAUAGCAAUGGCUUGAGAUGCACAGGACCUAUAGACGGGACUUUACCUCAAAUCUACAGUCCAAAUUUAAGGGAUGAUGACGUAAGGGAAAGUCAGUUUAGUUUUACAUCAUAUGGAAUGGGCCCAUGUCUGCAAGCAAAAGAUGGAGUAACACAAAAAGGGCCAAAUAAUCCUGUUCAAGCUGCACCAAAAAGCCCUGAUGAGAUGAGAAAGGUAUUCAUUGACCGGGCCAAGAAGAUAGACACAAUAUCCAGAGCUUGUUUCCCGUUAGCCUUUCUGAUUUUCAAUAUUUUUUACUGGGUAAUUUACAAAAUCAUCAGGCAUGAGGACAUUCACCAAUAACAAUAUUAAGGCUUGCAGUACAUACAGAUCUGGCUGCCAUGUUUAACAGGCUUUCUGUUAGAAAUGCACAUUGGAGGAAUGAUUGGGAGAGUUAAAAGCAUUGAGAGGGGAAAAAAAAGGAUCCUGCAUAGCCUGCAAUGGCCAGUCAUGAUGGAAUGGAAGAAUGGGACCCAGAGGAGAUACAUCUGCUAUUGCAAAUUUUCUGUGUCAAACUAAAUAUUAACUUUUAAUUGUAAAUCACUCUCUACUGAAGCUUUACUGCCAAGUAUUUAUACAUACUGUUACAUAGUGGUAUAAUUGUACAGUACUCUUUGAUGUUCCUUAAAUUUUUUUAAUUCUGGUGUAUUUUUAAUUUUAAAAAUGGAUCCAGAAUACCCUGAGUAAAUCCCACAGUAUUACAGAAUGGAUUCAUAUUUGCAACCGUUAUUUAAAUUUUACAAGAUAAUGACAAAUUACUGAUUUGACAUUGCAGUUUUACGGACUUUUUCUUGUCUUAAGGACAGUACCUGUGGUUCUGCAAUGGGCCUACUUGACACAUUUAAGUUACAUAAUUUGUUCAGUGUACUUCAUAUCACUGUUCCCCUGGAAGGUGUAUGUUGAAAUAAUCUCAGACAGCCCAAAGUAUCUACAGCCUAAGAGUCUGCAUAUUACAUGAGAAAUAUAUUAAAAUUUGUGAAGUAUUGGUUCUUGCAAAGGAUUUUUUUCCUUUAAUUACCCACACUUUGAUAAUUGAAACAUAAUGUUAUCAAUCCUUUUUAUAUUUUUGAAGCGGUUUUGUUCUCAAUUUAUAAAACUCAUAGAGCUUUUGAGAUAGACAAGCUACAUCAAAAUUUUGCAAUGAUUCAUUUUGAUUCAAUGCAAAGAGAUCUUGGACCAAACCUAAAAGCAAACAGUCAACUGCUUCACUAAAACAUUUGGAGGAUGAGUACAGCUGUGUUUAUGUACAUUUAUCUCCUACAUGUUACACAAAUAUGGGAAGUUUAGUUUAUUAAUAUAGCAAGUUUUCUGUCUCAUUCUUUGACAUAUAUUGAUACGAUGUAUAUAUUGGUUAAGAAGCACUUCACAACUUUCGAAAAACAUGAAGCUCUUCUAAAAUAUAAAAAAGGAUCUGGAUGGACUUUUACAUUUAUUGUAUUUCACAUUAAUAAAUAGGAGAACAACUAUAAAGACUCCUAGAGAGAUUUUCCCUGUUUAGGAUUAAAUAAGUCAUAUUAGUUGCUUCUUUGAAUUAUAACACAAUAGAUCACAUUUAUGGCAUAGCUUGUAGGCAAGAGUGUUUGUCUAUUGAAAAACAAAAACAUGCUAAGACAUGGAAGUCUGACAUUUAUAAUUACUAGAUACUUUAAGUCCAGUAGCAGAGGCUGUUUCUUAUUGCAAAGUAUUUUUAUUCUGAACAUGUUUUAAAUUUGGGGGGUUUUGUUGCUCAGAAUCUGUAUACAAAAGCAAAAUACAGCCGGAGGCAAACAUCUGGUGCACUGCCAAAGGCAUCGUGCAUAUAAAGCAACAGAAGCAACGUAACUGCACUGAGGAUUAUAACAUAGAAGCCUUGGGUUUGGUUAGGUUUGUUGUUAUUUUCCUCCAAGGAUUAGUUAGGAUUAGAAAGAUUCUAAAAUAGUAGCUCUCAUAAUUUGUUCUGCUCUGUCAGAAAGAAUCCUCCUUUAUUUUAAAACAGUAUUAUUUCUUUUAGUUCUGUUUCAUUUAUGAUCUGGAAAGAAUUCAAUUCACUUUAAAUAAUUAUUGUUUGCUGAGGUUGUGUCUUGCUUUUGUUGAUUUCUUUAUGAGCAUGUUCCCAAAAAUCCUGUUCAGUUAUGAAGGUGCUCAUCUGUGUGAGGGGGUGUCAUGAACUAAUAGCUGACAUUUCAGUUGGGUUAUAUUCAUGUCUCUCAAAGAUGUCAUUAACUGUAUCAUAUGCAAAGGGAUGCUAACUUGUUUCUGCUAUCAGCAAAGUCAACGGUACUUUGUUUAAGGACUGUUUGAAGUACUGGAUCCAUAAUCAAGAGGCAAACAAAAAAUUACAUUGUCUUUCAGGCUCAUCUCUCCUCUUUCCUUCUAAAAUAGAUGACUUGCAUUCAAUAAGGAAUUCUUAAAUGAAGGGGUAAGUGCAUAAAAAAAUGCUGGCCAGAUCAGAGUAGCUCCUAGUUAUUCUGGUUUAUAACACCUGAGUACCUGGUUCACAUUGCUUCUUUCCCAAUCAUUCAAUAGUCCAUUGCUCUCACACGUGUAGUACUACCUUGUUUUGAAAAGAUUAACAAAUCUGAAUGAUGCAGAGCUAAACAAAUUUAGCCCCAAUUACUUUCCUCACUCUUUAAGGCAGAAAAUGUCUAUGCCCUCAGAUACAGAAAUCUGACAGGAAAUCUUGAAAAUUAUAAGAGACUGGAUUACAGCACUAGCAAAAUGUAACAGGGAGUCAAAAGGCAUGUAAAUUGUUAAGCAAGAAGGACAAGAUCCUUCAUUCAUAUAUGAACCUAUUACCUCAGUGAAGGGGAAGAACCCUUGGGCUACAUUUCUCUUUGAUCAGAGUAUGCUUCUGUAAGGAACGAUUACCACAUAGAGCAUAUAUAAAAUAAAAAGCAUAAAUCUACAUUAUAAUUCUUUUCUCACCUCCCAGGUGGAUUGUUACCUAUAUAUGUUCUAUAGAAAAUAAAUGAGAACUGUUGAUUUAAUGACUAUUGAACACUAGUACCUAGUGUUGCCUCUCAGGAUGCAUCUCUUCAGCCAUGCAGUAUGGUGAGAGAUAAGAGGGUCUCAGACCUGGCCAAUAGAAAGUGUAACACUUCCCCUAUGUAGUUAUAUUUCUCUUUCACAGGCCAUUACACUAGGAAGUUAAGCACAACCUGUUUAUAUACUGAAAAUUUACAUAUAAUGCUCAGUCUUCUAACAGGAUACGCUGAAAAUAAAGAUAAUUAAAUAUGUUUAAAACAACAAUGUGAAAACUCUACAGUGUUGCUGGAAUAUUUUUUUAUCUAUUAAUUUCCAUUAGUAACAAAAGUAUUUCAAAUAGAGGGGAAAAGCAAAAAAAUGGUUCCAUGAUGACGUUUUCAAAUGCACAUAAUAUUUGGCACAUCAUUCUGCUGCCCUCAGGUAAGUAAAGAUUUUCUAUUUUGAUGUAAAGGAACCAAGAUCUCUCCUGAACUGACAGUUGUUGUUUGUUGUUUUCUUUUACUGGAACCAUAACAUUUGCCAAGGUAACAGAAGCCUCUGUAGUCCACUUAAUAAUGUGUUUUUCAAAAGAAAGCAGAAAUUGAAAUUUAAAUUUCAUUUAGAUUAUUCCUAAAUGAUAUUAGUGUAAAGCCACAUGGUAAAGAAAGAGAGAAAUGUCAUUUGAGAUGAUAAGAAACUUCAAGGCACAAAUGCCUGCCAUUCACCACUGACGAGGGGAAAAGUCCAAAAAUGCCAGCAGGCAUGCCAGCCCUCUGUACAAAGCUAGACUGAACAGCUACUCCCAUCAACUAAGAUUAGAGCGGGAGCUGAUUCUUUUGUAACUGUAUAAUGAAGUAGCAGGGAAUAGCUUUAAGAUGCAAGAAUUGAAAGGUACUCUGCAGUAUUUAUCAGACUGCAGUAUUUAUGCUACUGUCCUCUGAAAGAGGCAGUGGAGGGGCAGAAAAAUAAUCAAGGAAAUAAUGCUUGAGACACAUGCUACUUAGGAGAGCUUCUCCUACAUCUGAAAAAGACUCCAUUCAUUAGGCUGAAAUAGUUAGCUACCUCACCUCACUAUCACUGAACCUGGGCUCUGCAGAGUACAGGUCCUUAGCAAAGCCUCACAGGAAGGGUUCUUGUAAGCACAACUCCAAUGUGACAGGCUAACACAGCUUUGCCCCCAGUCAUUAUUCACCAUAUGUGCAGACUCUGUUCUGCACAGGUCAUGUUUUUAUGGUCUCUGUAGACCAUCCGUAUACUUCAAAAAUAAAAUAGUGGCACUAGAAGAUGAUUGCAACACAAUGAAAAACGAGGGAGAAACUGUAGGAUCUGGAGGAAAACUCCAGUAACACAGCUACCAAAGAGCUGACAUGGUCACCAUAAAGGUGAAAGGAGGAAGCACGAGGAAUCCUUACUAUUUUUCCCCAUCCCCCAGUAUCAUCUCCAUAGGUACACUUCUUCAGGCAGAAGCAGUCGCUAGAGGGGGAAACAAUUUAUGUCAAUGGCUGCAAAGUAUAUUUUCUCUUGGGACAGUAGUUUCUACCUGUGCAGAUAGAGGAUUGACUUCCACGUUAUCCACUUUAUUAAUGGAAAGAGAAGUGGAGCAGAAAGGUACAGGUUGAAAAGCAUGAGCUGUAUGUAGCAUAACAGGGACCACAGGGAGAGAGCAAGCCCAAAGCAGUGCCUGGAUCAUCUCAUAUGACUGUCUUUUCUUCCUGCACUAAAGAGAGAGACGGGGCCAAAGCCAUGUCAGGCCCUUGUACUGCCAAAACUUCAGGCCCUUGAUCUCUCAAAGUCCUUACACUCUCGUGUAAGAAAGGUCCCUUAGAGGUGCAGUAGAUAUACUCAACUACCACAGUACCAAAACUCUUCUUAAAUUCUGAAUAGCAGAACACAUUUUAUUUUUAAAACUAUAUUUAAUUAUCAACAAAAAAGGCUUGUAUGGUUAGAGGGCUGGCUUUUUUACCUAUAAUGCUGGUAAACUAGAGGAGGCUUGAAUGAGAAAGGAAAGAAGGGAUACUAGCGUUUUACUGUUUAGAAUUUAGCUAUUUAAACACCAAAAUAAAGCACAUUCUACUUUCAAGGAGUUUUGACAGCAAACGCUAUUAUUUAAGCAGGUUUGUGGAAUUCAGGGAGAACAUGGGAUUUAACUGUUUUUUUCAGCUCAGUCAUAUACUGGUUUUCCUUGGAUUCUUUUUAUUAGAGUUUGUUCCGAAACCUUUUUAUAGGCCACUCUAUAGAGAAUCCUUUGUGAUGUGUAAGAGAUGAUUCUGUUUAUUCACUAGAAAGACUUAUAUUUAGGCGAUUUAGAUGUGCACUUUACAUUUAAGGAUUAAGGUAUUGCUUCCACUUUGUACUAUAACCCCUUACAGAACUGUAGGUUGAUAAUGUAGAUAAAAAUAGAAUACAGUAAACUGUACAAAACCUUAUAUUUUUAACAGUAGGGAAAGAUAAAGAGUCUUCCUUAACCUUAAAAAAGAAGUAUAAUUUUUAGCAAUAAUUUUAUAUUAGAUGGAAAAGAAUUUAUUUAUACAGUUCCCAGCCCAAGUUGAGGUGGUUGGUUGCAAAAGAUAUACUUUAUGUGCAACUUCUGCUCACAUUUGAACUAUCAGAGGAAUUAAUCUAAUCCAACAGAGCAGAAUUUGGCCUUAAACUGUGAAACUGCUGAAUGAGCUAUUCAUUCUUACAGUACCCCUGUGAGGUAGUAAAAUAACAUUAUCCACAUUUUACUGUACAAUCAUAUGGUUAUUUAGAUGAGAACAAUAUCAGAUCAUCAUGGCUUUUUUCCUUUUUGAGACAACUAAGAAAAAAUAUAAAUCACAAACUAAGUUACUUGUUAACAAUAAAAUGGGUAUUCUGUUCUGGAGUGGUUAUGGAAAAGGUGCCUUCAGGCCACACACAACACCCACAGUACUUCCUGAAAUGCUGUCAGUUUGGAAGGCUUGUGGAAGCAGGUUAGAUUGCUAGAAGCAGUGAGCUAAAUGCCAGAAAAAUGUUGGCUCACCCUGUAUUCUUGACGUUCCUGAAUAUUACUGCACUUCUUCACUUUCAUCUUUGUGAAAUAUGCAAGAAACAUUUCUUAUGUUUGUAUUUUAAUGUGUGACAGAGAGACAGAUGAAAUGGACUAAAGUAGCUACUGAUGUUCCAUGAAUGUGUAAUUGUGAGCUGUAUAAAAAGAAAUUGUGCCAUAAGCUCCUGACCUAAAAGUUUAACAUAGUAUACAGUAUUUUGUGUGUUAGUGAUCCCAGCUUUUUAAAGGCUACAGCAAGAAAAAAGAAAAAAAAAAUUAAUAUGAUAGUGUAUUAAUAAAUUGUCUGUGAGUUUUCAAAAUAUUCUCCUGUGAAUUCUGUCUGAUGGCAAUUUCAUCUCAAAGUAUUUCGUUUUUGGUAAAACUCUAUAAAUGUGUUGUGCAUGGGUUUAUUUAAAUUCCUUUUUAUUGUAUUACAGUAUCAUGUUGUACUUAAACUGACAUUCUUUGCAGACAGAAGUGUUAAAAUAUGUGAAAUUUAUGGUGUCACCCAUG